AUGGCGGACGAAAACGUGGUGAACGACGAAAAUGUUAACGACGAAAUGACUGCAGGCCCUGAAGGUCAGAGAUCAUCUGAAGCGACGGAAGAAGUGCCCAAUGAACCCACCGACCUGAAUGCCAUAUUCAGCGUUGGCGAUCCACAACUCUUCAUUGAAGAUGAUUCUAACAACGGCCCAACGGUCUUUCAGGAAUUACAGGCUGACUUCGAUCCAGUCAUUGAAGAUCAACAAGUUCCGCGGCUGAACUUGGCCCAUGAGAUAUUGUGCUGUAUCAGAACACGUGGAGAUAUACUACGGAUUCAUAACCUCAGAUACCUGUUUUACGAUAUAUAUUUUGGUGACGUCAUCAGGAGGGACACUGCUAUGACCCAGCUGCGUUUUGAGGGUUGGCUGUAUCAUCCAAUUAUGUGUCAGUGGAUGAUACCUGUCCAGGGUCAAAUAACCUUCACGCAUAUAGGCAUCCAAGGCUGUUUCAUAGCGUUUGACAACAUCGGCUGGAGCCUGCGGUACGUGCAAAAUUUCUUAUUCGAGUCUGAUUUCUAUCAUCUGGUGGCAUGUGUCCCCAACGAACAGGGGUAG